ACGAAUUUCAAUUGAGAGACUGGUUCAGCAACUCUUGAUCAACGCUCGUGUUCUCCUUGCAGCCAUGGCCUCGUCCCACCGUGUCUCUCGGUCCUUAUGCGACAAUCUGUCCAAGUCUUCCACGCCGCGAUACAUCUGCAGGACAUGCAGGACCCAAGGCAUCGCACCCAAUGCGCAACAAACCCGUCGACUCUCCUCCGACACGAUCUCCAGACAACAAACGGUACCAGCAACACGCAAGGCAUGGCUCGUAAGGUCUAGACUACAGUCUGGAUCUCCGGCCUCAUUCUCUACCCGGGCAGCUUCAUUGGCGGAGUCCCGGGUAACGGACGAAGACCCGGAAUAUAAAGAAGCAUACACUUGGGACGGGCUCGAACAUAUCGGCCACCAGGGCCACUGGAGAGAUCUUCCUCCCCGACCAGAAGACGAAUUUGAGCCGUGGCUUGUUCCCUCCGCGACUCCUACUCUUGAUCGAAACGAAUUUCUAGGAUAUAUAUACGUCGCAUUGAUCGAGAAGCUGCCGUAUAAGGGGCAGAACCCGGCCUUACAACAGACGGCGACGGAGCGGACUCUAGAUGAAGGCUCAGCCAUCGACGUGUCGUCGUUACAAAUCAAACUUACUACCUCGGGCGCAUUUUCUCACCUCGAGGAUAAGGCUGAGAAAGGACCUGAAGAGACUUCCACUUCCGACAAUGUCACGUCCGAAGCAACACAGGGGGGGACCAAGGCGUUUGAGAUCUCAGUGGCCGCAAUGGAGGAGCAGUUGGCCGGGGCGAAAUUCGAUUUCUCCAGCCCAUUGACUUUCGAGAUCCUCAAACGCUUCUCGCAGCUCUCAGGCUUCCGCGUGCCCGACCCAACCCUCAACGCCGUUCUGCGCGGGAACAAGACGGCUUUGGACUUCGUCGAGCUCCUAACUCAGACAUCCAAACCGAAACCCAAAACCGUGUCCGAAGCCUUAAUCGCAAAGCAAAGACAAGCUCUGCUCGGCCUAGAUGGCCAAGCGUCUACUCCCACAGCGAUCGAUGCGGCCAAAGAGGCCUCGGCGGCAAGAAAAAACAACAAGAACAGCAAGUCUCAAGUAUCGCAGCCGCUCGGUCCGAAUGUCAUGGUCCUCUCGCGUCGCGAGACCGCUGUUGACAAAGAGAAGGAACUUGGCCGAUGGAAGGUUAUUGAGCGAGAACUCCGGGCUCGAGGGCUGCCUGUCUUGGGACAUAAGGUGCUUGCGCCGCAGGGCGAGGAGUGGAACCAGGCUGCGAAACAGACGACGGCAUGAGGUAUUCAAUGGUCGGUUCGGCAAUAUCUUCGGUUUUCAGCUCGGCCAUUGCACUCACUCGAUUUGUCUUGGGUCCGCGGAAUGUUACGACUCUUGCGGGUUUACAGUUUGGUAAUCAUCCAUGAGAGUCUGACUGUGGUAUAUACAUACUGUACCAUGCAGGGUUUCUGCUCUGUGACCACCUGGAUGCCUGGUGCGCUGAGGCGAGGAGACGCUUGGUCGCCAGUCGCUGCCAGUGAUGCUCAUGAUUUGCUACAUGAGCAUUGAAAGUCAUCAUCUGCUCACUGAGUCGCCGGAUCCGUUCGGGGGCGUUGAACCAGCAAAAACUUUGUCUACGGGUUGUUGCCGAUGCCCGUCUCUUUCCAAAUCUGUUUUUGUGGCCAUUAUUGAUGUUAAGUUAUGGCCAGAGACAAAUUGUCUAGAGCAGGAAGCUCGAAAUUACGGAGGGUGUCCAAUGUACAAAUAUACAAUAUAACUUGAACACAAGAUAUAUUAUAAAAUAUUCCACCGCUAAUGCAAUGACACUACCAAUGUGGCCCAGAGCA